AAGUGAUGGGUCAUGUGACAGGCUGUGCUGCUGCUGCUGCUUGGAUUUGACAGCCCAGAAGUGCAGAAUGGAGGGGACAGUAGGGCGCUGAGUGACUCCCCCCAACCAUGUCACCCCCAUCAGUCUCUCUUCUGCCCUAUUAUCCCCCUGCCCCCCUUACCCAUGCCCCCUGCCCCCCAGCACAACCCUGACAUUCCCAGGGGGCCCCAGGGCGAGUCAGAGCCCCACACACUGCGGGGAGUUGGAUUGGUGCGCAUCACAAGGGGUUAAUCAUGUCUGGCACUGCUUUCGGAAUGGUCCCCGUGUCCUUUGACGAGGUGGCGGUGUACUUCUCAGCAGACGAGUGGCACUAUCUGUCGGAGCGGCAGCGGGAUCUGUACAAGGAGGUGAUGCUGGAGAACCUGGAGGUGGUGCUGUCACUGGGAUACCAGUACCGCCGCGCUGCGCCCCAGGCUGUCCCCGCCCAUGGCUCCGCCUUCAUUCUGAGCACCGGCAAGUAUUUCGAUGAGUGUAGCCCUUUAUUCUCUGAAGAGGGACCGGAGCAGGGACCUGGGCCUGAAGAAGACAGUUUGACCCAAACAAACCAGAAUAUUCCAGACAGCGGUUCUGCAUGUAUUGUAAAUGGCGAGCCAAUGCCAUGUGAGCAAAGGAAGCAGCCGUCCAAUAAAAAGCUCCACAAGUGUUUGGAGUGCAAGAAAGUCUUCGGCAGUUGGUCGCACCUCUUGGCGCAUAGGAGGACCCAUGACAGGGAGAAGAUCCACAAGCAAAACAAAAGCCAAAUAUCGACCCAUCAGGCCCAUGUGACUCCCCAGCAGCCUAAAGGGCUCGAAGUGAGGUUGUUCCAGUGCAGCGAAUGCGAAAAAACGUUCAGCAACCAGUCGGUGCUCUCCUUGCACCUGAGAACGCACACGGGGGAGAAGAUCUUCAAGUGCACCGAGUGCGAGAAAAGCUUCAUGAAAAGGGCGCAGCUGGUUGUGCACAAAAAGUGUCACAUAGAGGAGAGGCCAUAUAAGUGCACGUUGUGCGAGAAGGGAUACAACCAGCACUCAAAGCUGAUAGAGCACCUCAGGACUCACACGGGGGAGAAACCAUUCACAUGCACCGAGUGCAAGAAAAGCUUCACCAAAAGGUCCCACCUGACUGAGCACCUCAGGAUUCACACAGGGGGGAAACCAUACAAGUGCAACCUGUGCGAAAAAACCUUCCACUACCCUUCCAACCUGGUGGAGCACCAGCGAACCCACACCGGGGACAGGCCCUAUCAGUGCACUGAGUGUGACAAGAGCUUCAUCAAGAUGUCUAAGCUCAUUGUCCACCUCAGGAUCCACACGGGGGAGAAGCCGUACAAGUGCAAUGAGUGCAACAAAAGCUUCAGCCAACAGUCCAACCUUGUGGUUCACCAGAGGACUCACACCGGGGAGAGGCCAUUCCAAUGCAGUCACUGCAAGAAGAGUUUCAGCUAUCACUAUGCCUUGGUUGUCCACCAGAGAACCCACACAGGGGAGAAACCCUACCAAUGUUCUCUGUGUGACAAGGCUUUCAGCCAGCAAUCAAACCUUAAACUGCACCAAAAAACCCAUGAGAGCAAGCCACCACAAGACUCUCCCAACUAUGAGAAUACCUUCGAACAAGAACCCUGUUUAUCAGCAUCUAAAAACCCCCAGUUGGACCAGUUUAAUGAAGGUGAUGGGUUGGAGAAGGUGCCUGGGUUACCAGAAGCAGCCAACUCCAUGGAAAGCCCAGAGGCCAUUGAUGAUUAUGAGAAGAACUACAUCUCAUGGUCUCCUCUGAGCGAGUAUCUUGGAGCCUUCUUGCCCCCAGAGAAACAGCAUAAAUGCACUGAGUGCGACAAGUGCUUCCUAGAAAAGUCCAAGUUGAUCGUCCAUCAGAGAACUCACACCGGCGAAAGGCCUUUCAAAUGCUCCGUGUGCGACAAGACAUUUAUCCAAUGGUCCCACCUAUCACAGCACAGGAAAAUCCACAGGGGCGAUAGGCCCUAUGUCUGUGCUGAAUGCGGCAAGAGCUUCAUCAGGAUGUCCAAGCUCACUGUCCAUCGCAGGACGCACACGGGUGAGAGGCCGUACAUAUGUGCCGAGUGCGGGAAGCAGUUCAGCCAACAGUCCAACCUUGUGGUCCAUCAGAGGAUUCACACGGGUGAGAGACCAUUCAAAUGCACAGAGUGUGAAAAGACUUUCCGCUACCAAUCAGCGCUAAUUAAGCACCGGCGAAACCAUUCAGGUGAUAGAACCUGCUUUGAUCCCUUGUGAUAAAGCCCUUCUAUGUCACAGGAUGAGUGUGGCCCCUAGACAGAGGUACAGUGGCCUGUGGCCCCUCAGUUGCACUUCAACAACACCUGACAGGCUGCACAAUAAACAACACUUAUAUUGGGUGUUGCCCUACUAUGAAUGCUAUCCCUUUACCCUUCCAACCAACAGCUGCUUCCUUAUAGGGCCCCAAUAUGUGCAGGAACUGGAGUGGUUGCCCUUAUUUGUACCCCUGUAAAGACAGUUCUGUCUUCGGAAACAAUUUUGGGAGGGCCCCAUGUGUUGCUAGUCUGUGGCUUUCCAGUAUUUACUUAACUACAGCUUCCAGAAUCCCUAUCCAGUCAGGAUAAUUACAUAGAGGGGCUGUAGUGCAGUGGGCAGGGGCAGCGAGAGCCCCAAGCAGACUGUCUGUUAUAUCAGUACUAACCAUGGAGCCCAAUGUUCUGAGAAAUGGCUUUGUAUUGACUGCAAGAUACAAGCAAAGCCCAGAUGUAAAGCCAAAUAAAUCUAAUUAUCUGUAAAAAUA